ACUACAUUACCCAUAGAGAGUCCAGACGUAACAGAGUUUUAGAGACACCUGUGAAGAAAAUUUCACGAAGUUCAAGAGUAAAUCCAGCUCAAGUGCCGACAGACGCAGCUAUGACUGAGGGAACGCACCUGCGGAGGCGAGGGGGGCCUUACAGGACGGAGCCCGUCACUGACCUCAGCCGCUGGAGGCUGACCAAUGUGGAGGGCAGGCAGAGCUGGCAGUAUGUGGAGGACCAGGACGCCCUGGACAGAGAGCAGAGCAUGCUGGAAGCACACUCACUUGGCCUGGACACCAGCAAGUUUGUGCCUGACUGUCCAGCUGCCCACACCUCUGUGGAUGCUGCUAUGAAGGGGAUGCACUUCUACAGUCGUCUGCAGGCCGAGGACGGCCACUGGGCAGGGGACUAUGGUGGACCUCUCUUCCUGCUCCCAGGUCUCCUUAUCACUUGCCAUGUGGCUAAGAUCCCUCUGCCUGAUCCCUGGAAGAAGGAGAUGGUGAGAUACCUGCGCUCGGUUCAGCUGCCAGAUGGAGGCUGGGGUCUACAUACUGAAGACAAGUCAACUGUGUUUGGCACCUCAUUGAGCUACACCUCGCUGAGGAUCCUGGGAGUGGAUCCUGAUGACCCUGAUAUGGUUCGUGCCAGGAACAACCUCCACAGCAAAGGUGGCGCCGUUGGAAUUCCAUCAUGGGGAAAAUUCUGGUUGGCUAUUUUAAAUGUCUACAGCUGGGAGGGAAUGAACACUUUACUACCAGAGAUGUGGCUGUUUCCCUCCUGGAUGCCGGCCCACCCAUCUACCUUAUGGUGUCACUGUCGCCAGGUCUACCUUCCCAUGAGCUACUGUUACGCUGUCAGACUGACUGCAGAGGAGGACUCGCUGGUUCUCAGCCUCAGACAGGAGCUGUAUGUCCAGGACUAUGCAACCAUUAACUGGCCUGCUCAGAGGAACAAUGUGGCAGCAUGUGACAUGUACACACCCCACAGCACACUGCUCACAAUCGCUUACAUGGUGUUGAACGUCUAUGAAGCUCACCACAGCGCCACACUGAGGGGAAAAGCUGUGAAAGAGCUGUACGAGCACAUCCAGGCUGAUGACCGAUUCACCAAAUGUAUCAGCAUUGGACCGAUUUCCAAGACUAUCAACAUGUUGGUUCGUUGGUAUGUGGAUGGCCCCGCCUCUCCAGCUUUUCAGGAGCAUGUGUCCAGAAUCCCAGACUACCUCUGGUUAGGGUUGGAUGGCAUGAAAAUGCAGGGAACAAAUGGAUCCCAGCUGUGGGACACGAGCUUUGCUGUUCAGGCUUUACUUGAGGCAGGGGCCCAGAAUGACUCCAGACUGGCCGAGUGUCUUCGUAAUGCCUAUCACUUUCUGACCAUCACACAGAUACCCGAGAAUCCUCCUGAAUAUCAGAAAUACUACAGGCAGAUGAACAAGGGAGGCUUCCCCUUCAGUACCCGCGACUGUGGAUGGAUCGUGGCUGACUGCACAGCCGAGGGCCUGAAGUCAGUGAUGCUGCUGGAGGAGCUCUGUCCCUCCAUCAAGGAGCCCGUCAGCUCGGAGCGACUGCAUGAUGCCGUCAACGUGCUGCUGAGCAUGAGAAAUGCAGACGGUGGAUUUGCUACCUAUGAAACAAAGAGAGGAGGGAAACUCUUGGAGCUGCUGAACCCAUCCGAGGUGUUCGGUGACAUCAUGAUAGAUUAUACGUAUGUGGAGUGUACCUCAGCAGUAAUGCAGGCUCUGAAACACUUCCAGAAGGCCUUCCCCGAUCACCGUGAGGAGGAGAUAGGUUCAACUCUGAGAGAAGGUCUGGAGUACUGCAGGAGGGUGCAGAGGGCUGAUGGAUCCUGGGAGGGGUCCUGGGGAGUGUGUUUCACAUAUGGAACAUGGUUCGGCCUUGAAGCGUUUGCUUGCAUGGGUCGUAUGUAUGAGAACGAGGGUGUGUGUGAAGAGGUGCAGAAAGCUUGUCAGUUCCUGCUGGACCGGCAAAUGUCGGAUGGAGGGUGGGGGGAGGACUUUGAGUCCUGCGAGCAGCGGCGCUACGUCCAGAGCUGCACCGCUCAGAUCCACAACACCUGCUGGGCUUUGUUAGGGCUCAUGGCCGCCAGACAUCCUGACAAACAAGCCAUUGAGAGAGGAGUUCAGUUGUUGAUUGACAAGCAGCUGCCCAGUGGAGACUGGCCACAGGAGAACAUUGCUGGUGUGUUCAACAAGAGCUGUGCCAUCAGUUACACCUCCUACAGAAAUGUCUUCCCAAUCUGGACCCUCGGCCGGUUCUCACGGCUUUACCCCACUAGUCUGCUGGCUGGGAAAGUGAAGCUAUGACGGAACAGUAUCAGUUUAUACUCCAGGAUGGGAAAAUGAGACACACAGGCAGCCACUCAGACAGUAAAGGGACAGAAUUGUUUGGGUUUAAAAAAUAAAAAGAAACAAUGUGAAUCUUGAACACUUCAGAUGUUUCCAAAGUUGAAUCCAUCAAACAAUUUAAGAGAUUUCCAAAUGUCUUAAACAGCCUUUUUAACAUUCCAGUAUGACUUGAUUCUGCUUUUGAAUAUUCUGUUUUAUCAAGUGUGAAGCCACAAUGAUGCCCAUACAACCACAUAUCUUAUAUUUGCACUUAGUAUCCAUAUCAUGUAAGUAUUUGUUCUGUUGUGCUGAUCUUAAUGACUCUUCAGUAAAUGUACUCCUGGCUCGCCUCAUGUGGUUUUGUUCUAUAAACAUCAAAUGCCUUGGAUGUCACUGUGGCUAUCUGACGUGAUUCUAGUCAACAAGCAUUGUUAACUGUAUUGAUCAGGCCAGUUUCUAAUUGUAAAUACGACACAGAACGAUGCUGCUGGAACAGGACAAAUAUUUCGAAACCCUCUGGUCCACUGAUGUCAUGUUUUAGCUUGCACGUUUCUGAGGAAGUUCUUACACUUGCACACUGCAGCCCCCAUUUGUGUUGACUCUCCUGUUUGCUUCAGCUGUCCUUCAUGCAGCAAUCUCCGAAGUAGUGGAAGUAGAAAGAAUUCAAACCUGCAACCUUUAAACUGCAAGUCAGCUUCUGUAAUUUGAAGCAGAGUAACAGAAGUUACAGAAGUUACAGAAGUUGAAGCCUACUGUAUAUCAUCUCUGAUUUGAUGCAAAAAAGGUUUAUUACAAAGACUUGGAAUGAGAUACUCAACAUUGCAAAAACUUACUGCAUGUUGAAUUGUGUACAAUAUAUAUAAAAAUGCUUUCUUGAUUGAACCGACA